UAAGUAUCUUUCCUUCUCGACUGGCGAGCAUGUAGUCUCGCCACACACAGGAAGGAACUGGGGAACGCAAAGCAUUUGCAAACCAAGCAGCGAACGAGGAAAGCCAAAAAGAAGACGACGAUGAACCUCUUUGGAAAGCAUUUCUGCCUGUUCGUGCUCGCCUUGUUGGCCAGUAGCCUUCACACGAGCGAUGCGUUUGCUGGAUUCGCUGGUGAUGACAAGAAGGGCAAAGGCGACAAGGGAGGCGGGCAACAAGCUGCUGGAGGUGGAGGCGGCGGCGGCGGCGGUGGCAAGCAAAAUGAAGAAGGCGGUGGAUUAUUGUCUGAUUUGCUGAGUGGUUUGCAAUUGGGAAACUUCAUCUGUGGCAGCGAUGAGGCAUUUUCCGCGGUCCAACUGCUUUGCAACUUCAUGUCCACCUAUAUUGAGGGGCAACUAAGCACUAUUAGCGGAACAGAGGCAACAACACAGGAAACGCAAAGUGCCGCAGGCAUCGUGGUUACGCCUGCCACCCGCAAGCUUCGACAUUAGAAACUUGGUGCAAAGGAGUGACUACGUACUCAAACGACGACUGAAGGAACCAAUGCAUUCAUGAUUGACGGGUCGCCUCCCUGCUCUGCUUUUGUUUGACUGAUGGCUAAUGUGCUCAUGGAGGGCGAACAAUGUUUUUUGGCUGGAACUAUAUACAAUACACAGACUAAAAACACAAUCUUACGAUAACGAAUCAUAUAUUGUCUUGCUCG